GUGUGACUGCGCCACGUGUGCUGAGUGGGGACAGCCGUUGCGUGUGCUGGCUGCAGGCUCCCGCCCUGGGGGAGAGCGAGCUCGGGUGAUGUCCUCUUUCCGGGGCUUUUUCUACGGCUACUUCUGUUUUGUCAGCCGGGCAGUAGCCCGCUGUUCCCCGCUGCUCUGCCAGCGGGCGGUGGGGGCUUCCUUUGCCCUGCCGGGGCUGCCGCUGCUCGGUGGCGCUCGCCGGCGUCUCCUCGCCUCCCGCGGCCUGAGCCCCGCUGCCCGCUGUGCGGUGGUGGGGCCUGGGCCGUGCGUGCCGCGGCGACGGGGCUGCGGUAGGCUCGAGGCGGCGGGCGGCGGAUUCUGGCCGGCGCGGGUAGCGGUGGUGGUGAAGACGACGCGGUACGAGUUCGAGCAGCAGCGGUACCGCUACGCUGGGCUCUCCGAGGAGGACCUUAAGCAGCUGCUUGCCUUGAAGGGAUCUAACUAUGCUGGUCUACUGGAGCGGCAUCGCAUUCAUACAAAAAACAUGGAACAUGUCAUAGACAGUUUACGGAAUGAGAGGAUAGAAGUUCGUCUUGUUGAACGUCGAGAAUAUAAUGAAGAGACAGUUCGGUGGGCAGAUGCUGUUAUAUCAGCAGGAGGUGAUGGUACAAUGUUGCUGGCAGCCAGUAAGGUCUUUGAUAAAUUUAAACCAGUUAUUGGAGUAAAUACUGAUCCUGAGAGAUCGGAGGGUCACUUAUGCUUGCCUGCGAGAUACACGCAAUCAUUUCCUGAAGCACUACAGAAGCUUUAUCGUGGUGAUUUCAGGUGGCAGUGGCAGCAAAGAAUCCGACUGUAUCUUGAAGGAACUGGUAUUAACCCUACCCCUGUAGACUUACAUGAACAGCAGCUAAGCCAAGAGCAACACAGCAGGGCUCACAUAAAUGAAAGAUUCCAGGAUCAAAGAUCUGACAUUUCUGGUCCACAUCUUCUACCAGUGAGAGCACUCAAUGAAGUCUUCAUUGGGGAAUCUCUUUCAUCCAGGGCCUCCUAUUAUGAGAUAUCAGUUGAUGAUGGUCCUUGGGAAAAACAGAAGAGUUCAGGGCUUAAUGUGUGUACUGGAACAGGAUCAAAAGCAUGGUCCUAUAAUAUUAACAAGGUAGCAAAUCAAGCUGUUGAAGAGAUCCUUAAGAUUGCUAAAAAGCAUGGAAGCUUGAAUAUGCCGUUGAACACGGAACUAGUACAAAAAGUAACAAAUGAUUUCAAUGACUCCCUGCUCUACAGUCCAGAAGAACCAAAGAUGUUUUUCAGUAUUCGAGAACCUAUUGUAAACAGAGUUCUCUCAAGUAGUCGGCAGCGUGGCUUCUCUUCAAAAGUCUGUGUGCGUUCCCGUUGUUGGGAUGCAUGUAUGGUUGUAGAUGGAGGAACAUCUUUCGAGUUCAAUGAUGGGGCAAUAGCUUCAAUAAUGAUUGAUACAGAGGAUGCACUGUGCACUGUUCUGCUGGAAGAAUGAAGGACCCUAGUGUCUUCUGCUGAAACAAUUCUGGAUCCAGAGAGGGAACUCCUGGAGAUAGCACAUCACAAUGCUGCAUUAAGUUGGAAGUUGGCUUUUUUGGAUGCAAGAGCAUUUGGAGGAAGCUUGAGAUGCUUUUCAUUCUUUCUGUUGGGGAAAUCUUAGCCUGAUAUUUAAGCUCUUUUUGCAUCUGGUGUAAAGGAAAUAUAUUUGAAGUCUUACCUCAACAUUUUUAACCCGUAAGGCAAACAUAAAAGAACAUCUUUUCAAACACAGGUAGAUGGGUUCAAGUAUUAAGUCAGUAGCAUUAAAUAUUCAAAUGCACAGUUUUUUAGUAAGUCUGGGACUGAUGAAACUAAACACCUUAAUACAUUUCAUACAUAUACUUUUAUAGAAAAGUUGACUGUCAAUCUAGCGAUUUGAUGCAAGGAUAUAUAGAUUUUGGUAAGUCCUGCUGUUGACAUAAUCAAAAUGGAAAUACAAACCUUUUGUAUGCUUUUCAAAAAAUUUUAUAACUCUCUAGUUUCAUACAACUUGUGACAUGCUUUUUUUUUUUUUCCUCUUCCAGUAUUUUUUUUCUACUUUGUAGUUUUACAUCAAAAGUAAAGUCUGGCUUAAUUUCUAGAAGCUCUUUUCACAUCUUGAAUGAGGUAGCUCUUACCUUUUCUCUUUGGAUAGAGAGGGACUUGAAACCCAAGGAUUUUCUUGAGCCCUUUAAUAGGAAUAUACAAACUAUAGAAAAUAUGUUGAAGUAAGAUAUACUCCUUCACUGAAUGGAUUAGCUGGCUAGCAGGUGUUCAGUCACAGUAGUGUAUGCAGGUGGCUAUCCUUAAGAAAGAUAUUUGGCCUUAAGAAGUUGAAUGAUUUGGAAUUUUAGGUUCUGAGUUUCUUUAUAACUGAAGAAGAAUGGGAUGUGCUGGAUGCUAGUUAGUAGUUGGAGCUCAAGUUAAUACCUAUAUGUCUCCCAGUUUUCCAAGUAUGAGUUUAACUUCUCCAGAAAGUUUAAUUUUACAAUCCUGUGCUGAAUUCUACUGAUAUUUAAUUAGCAAAAAAUUAAUUUUAAUUUUAUAUGCCUCUGUUGCAAGUUGAUAAUGGAAAAAAAGCUCUGAUUAUAGAAGAGGAAGUGACUUUUUAGAUAACGUUUUAGACAAACUGUGAACUUUGCCUUUGAAAGUUUGUGCUGAUUAAUGCAUAGAUGAGAGGGCAGAUUUUGACAAAAUGAAGACUACUACAGCAGGAACUCUUCUGCAACAUGACUUGAAACAAAUUAUUUUUGUCCUGUCUACUACAGAUCUAUUUCCAAAAGUGAGUUUUCCUCAAACUACUUUUGAGUGAAGAGAUUCCUGUAACAAAGGUUCUCAGGUCUAAUGGGAAUGUUCUCCAAUGUGGCCGAUCUGUAUUUAUUGCCAAUCACAAAAUGUAAACUGACCUUUAUAGGUGGAAGAAGUGUAUAAAGGGCUAUGGGUUUUUUUGCUUCUACUAUAUUACUAUUUACUACUUUAGUUUUUGUAUUCACUCUGAAACAGAAUUUGGAGGAAAUGGAUUUGACCAGACCAUUCAAUUUUAGAAAAAUGUGACACUGAUGGAGCUUUUUGAAUAAGCUAUCACUGUUUGUAUACAUUUUACCUUUUAAGUGUGCUGCAGAUUGAGUUAUUUACCGUAUCUGCUUGAGUCAUCUGGAUUGCAGACCAGAAGGGGAAAAUCAAAGUAGCCAAAUAUUCUUUCAAAACUUGGUAAGUUCAGGAACUAUCAGAAUAAAGCUCUUAAUGUCUAAAAUAAUCUGCAAAACUGGCCUAAAGGUGAAGAUGCAAAAGACUAAUCUUUCUUUAGAAAGUUGGCUGCACAGAGAUUAGGGUGUUUUAGUUAAUCCAUCUAUAACCAGUUAAGGAUAGUUUAUGUGCCUCUGUCUAAUACACUAGUCAAUAUGCUGUUAAGAUUAAAAAAACCCAACCAAACAAAAAAACCCCACCCCCCAUCCCCCCAAUGCCAGUAACACUAAUUUAUGACUUUCUAGGACUUUACUACUGUGUUAGAUCAGAGGUUUAGGUAUUGAAAAUGUCCUUGAAUACCUGCAUAGACAAAUUUAUGGCAGAAACUCUGUCCCCUACUUAUUUAGAUGCAUUUGUGUGCUGUAAUGUUUUAAUGGAGACUGAUUAGUCUGAUCAGGGUACAUACCUCUUAAAAAUGUCUCUCAUUCCUUAUUCUGAAUGCUGAGACUAAAAGGCAAUGUUUUCAAGCCCUAGAGACCCAAAGUAUGAUCUGGUUUUUAGGGCUUAGUAAAGAGAUUUCACAGUUCAAUUCCUAACUGUUACUUAGGAAAAUGGAAACCUGACCUACUCAUGAGUGGCCUCUACUGGUUUUGUGUCUGUAUUUAACUGUACUUCUGUUGAAGCAUUUACUGGUGAAUGCUUGAUUUAAAUAACUAGGAUGAUUCAGAGAUCUAUAAUAGAUAAACAGUAAGCAGCUACCUUUUUUUUUAAUUAAAGACUUGUAGAAUCCUUUUUAAGGAUCCUUUAUUACAAAGGAUUGCAAUACAGACAACUUACCUGGUAGACAGUGUUCUGUGAAAGGACCGAGUAUUGGUUUAACACUGAUUUAAUCUGCCUGGACUGGCACUGAACUCUGUACCUCUUCUACCUGCUGAAUCAAAUCCAUGGUCUCUUCAUUUAGUGCCAGUCCACAAUUCUGUGUUCUGCUAAACUAGACCCGUCAUUCUUUGCUGCUUUUUAAAAAAAAGUGGUGUUUAUACAUUAUGU